CCAACAAGCAGCCACAUCCAUUUUACUAUUACUACUAUCCAAGUGGUCGCAGUUCUCCGAACAUGGAAAAUCUACCUUCAAAUCCAGUGCUUGAAUUUAAUCCGAACCAAUUAGAUGAAGUGAGGAUUCUGAACGGCUAUGAAGAUGCAAAGCAAAUGAGUCAAGCCAUAGAUGCUCUCGAUGAUUGGAUUAAAAAGCAAAAUCAUUUCGCUUUCAAGGAUUUUGAUCGAGAUUAUUUAGAACGCCUGAUCAUUAACAACAAGGGUUCCAUAGAGCGUGCUAAGCAGCGUUUGGAUAGAACCUGCACUCUACGGAACCUCAUGCCAGAAUUAAUGUGCAACAUUGAUAUUUUGAAUGAGUUCCAGAAUUUACGUAAAAUUUUACAUGUUUGUGUCCUCCCGAAACCUACAAAGGAUAACUACAGAGUCGUAUAUGAAUCGUUCAUAAAACCUGAUGACAGUUAUAAUAUACUGCAUACCUUCAGAUACACGUAUUGGUUCUUGCAGUACAGCCUCUUUAACGACUAUUGCGCGGGUAUUGACUGCAUUGUCGACCUGAGAGAGUAUAGCUUCAGUAUGUUGAGCACAUUAAGUUAUACUGACUCGCACAAAGGCAUUACAAUGCUGAUGCAAACUUUCGGCAGCAGAUGUAGAUCGCUCCACUUCAUAUUUUCGAAUAAAGUCCUAGAUGGAAUUAUAACGCUAUUUCGGAAGUGUUUGAGCGACAAGUUGAACAAGAGGAUACACGUGCAUAAUUCCUAUGAGACAAUCUUCCAAUUUAUAGACAAAUCUGUAUUACCAGUGGAAAUUGGCGGGGAAUACAAGAAGACUGUAAAUGAAAUAAGUGAUGAUUUCUUCAAGGAACUCUGCACUGAAUCGAACCAGGCGCGGAUCAAACGUUUGGACACAGCUGUGACUAUUGAAUCCCAAAGAUUAAAAGCUUCAUUCAAUGAAGAGUAUUCCGGCAUGCCUGGCUCUUUCAAAACUUUGUGCGUAGACUAAAACCACCUUUUUAGGGCACCGGAUUAGUAACUAAGCACUAGUUGUCAAAAACGAACAUUGCGAACGCUAAACUGCCACGUAAAGUACCACUUUUUGUGCAAUUGUAUAAUUUUUUUUGUCCAUAAUUAGCUAGGUAGAUAAUUUUUAAGUAUAUUGAAUGUAAUCGAUUAACUUUAUAUCAUUAUUAUUUAACAUUAAAUUAAUUUGACGGUUUAACUGAUAUAUUUGUAAUUACUCGCAUUGGAGGACAUAAACAAAUGGAGCAGCCAUGAAUGUAGUAAAUUUUCGACGUAGUUACGUAAUGUGCUUAUUAUAGCACAAGGUGUCGUAAUGGAGCACCAUGUGUACUUUAAAAUGUAUUAUAUACUGGGUAGUUUAUCAUUAUUCAUAAGUUUUUCCUAUGUUGUAUUUCGUGUACGUAUUUAAUUUAGUUUAGCAAAUAAAAUACAUUAUCUACUAAUUAUCUAUGUUCCUUGAGCCUCUAAAUUUGAA